AUGUCUUUCAAAGUUCUCUCUCUGCUCCUCGCUUCUCUGGGCUUUGUUUUGAUGGAAGAGAAUGUCUCAGGCGUAAGUGUAAGGACUCCCAGCGCCAGACCAGUGCAAAGACGCUAUUCUGAGGCCACCCUGGCGAGCGAUUACAGCCGCACGAUGGAUAACAUGCUGAAGAAGAACUUUGUGGAAUGGUUGCUAGCCAGACGGGAGAAGAGAAGCGACAACACCAUCGAGCCAUACAAGAGGGAAGCUGAGCCCCAAGUAGCAGCUGCGAAUGGCCAAAGACUGGACCUGGGCACCCAGGAAGCCAAAGACUUCUUCGCCUGGCUUCUGAAAGCCAAGAAAAAUCAGAGUUUUACUUCUCCAGAAGGUUUGAAGGACAUAUUGAACCAGGAAUUUCUGACAUGGCUGAUGUCAACUGAUCUCUGCAGACCAAUGUACUUACUAUCAGACACUAACUCCGACACACGGCUCGCUACCAAAAUGGAUCCGCAAG